UUGGAGCUAGCGCUGCAUCUCAAUCUGCGCGCUGGGCGCUGUUCCUCUCGCUUCUGCCGCCUGCCGCGCACUGCUGCUGCUGCUUCCUCCCAGCUCUGCUCUGCACUGGCCUGACUGUCGCUCGACCAGCACCUGCGACAUUUCUCUCUUCACCACCCCAACGCUCGCUUUUCCCCACCGCUACUGCUUCCGCUCUGUUCUUUCCUUGGUGCGAGCGUGUGUCCUCACUACCGCCCAUCGCACUCCCACGACGACGACCGACGACGUGUUUCGCGGCACCCACCAGGACCUCUUGAUCGGAUCUCCUUCGCUUUCUGCUACUCCACCCGCACGACUUGCUGGUCAAGCACGCUUCGAUACUCCACCUGCAAGACCCCGUCUUGCCUAAUACUCCGCCGACCGCAUCUCCGAACGACGCUCCUCACCCUCCUGCCGACAUCGACUCGCCUGCAGCAAGACGUCUCGCUCUCGAACACGCUGUGGCCGAACUCCUGGUCGCCAAGCCUCGUUGAAACAUCGGAACUCGAGCCAUUGAAGGACAUCAUCUGUAUGAGCUCAUCGCGACUAUAGCCAGAAGGCGGCAGCCAGACCAGCGAUAUUCUUACACGGCCCCGUGGACUGCUGUUCCCUGCAGUCCGAACUUCACCGCCGUUCACGGUCAUGAAAAUGCACAACAUGCUCCCUUUCCGAGCAGUCCUUCUCCUCUCGGGCGUGUCGGUACUAGCCCAGAGUGGUCUCGUGCAGCAGUAUUGCUCGAGCGACAAUACGGGCUCCGACUUCAGUGCAAUCACCAAUAUCUACCAGUCCAACGGAGCGUGUCGCGAUUCAUGCGCGUCCGAAUAUGCAUUCGCCGUCGUGCAGUGGCAGUCAUGUUGGUGCACCAAUGUCGCGCCCGGCGACACGACCUCCGUGAGCGAUUGCGGCGAAGACUGUCCCGGAUAUCCCUCAGAGAAAUGCGGCAACAGAGAUAGUGGCCUCUAUGGCUACAUCGCUCUCAACAGAAGCCCGACUAGCACAGCAGGCGGGUCCAGACCGUCACCGACGACUCCACGACAGCGACCAACGACAGCACCAUCUCCAACACAAGAACCAGAGACGAGUUAUACAUCGUCCCGCACCUCGGAGACCCCUGAAUCGACAUUCGAACCGGUCACAGAGGUCAUCAUGACCACGAUCUCGGGUGCUGUCGUGACACAGACCGUUACAAGCACCCCUGUGGCUGCGCCGGAGUCCAAUGAUGGCCAGCAGCCGUUGCACAGGAGUGACAACAUGUCAGCAGGGACCAUUGCUGGAAUUGUCAUUGGCAUUCUCGCCGCUUUUGCAAUCUUGGGUGCCGCACUCUUCUUUUGCUGGAGACGGCGGAAGCAAGAUUCAACCGAGGAUGGUGAUGGCGCCGCAGUGGCCGGUGGAAAGCGUUUGGGACGGAAUGUCAGCGUCCUGAGCAAAGCUGGACUGCUAGCCCGGACCCAACCAAGCAUGGGCGAACACGACGACUCGUACUACGUCACACCUGCCACGGGCCAGAAUAGUGUUCGACACUCGAUGAUGUUCGGACCAAGCGCCGGCGAAGGCGUCAAUCCUGCGAGCCCCUUGGGUAGUAGCCACGGGAGCGACAACAGCAGGAGGAUGUCCAAGCCCAUGGUGUACGAUCAACGUCUCAACCCGUCGGCUCUCUUCGCCAAUGCAGAGGCGAACGGUAGCCGGAUAUCGAUGCAAGAUCAACAAGACUACAGUCGGCCACUCGGUGUCGUGAACCCGGAUCCGCGGCCUAGCUUUGAAUCUAGGAUGAGUAGAGCUUGAUCAUGCCUUCGAAACGGCGACGAUGACGAUAUUACAUUUCCUUACACACCGAUUUACACGACGACGGAAUGCACAUAGCGAAGGCGUUUUUGGGAGAGAGAAAGAGGCGGGGCUUUGUAUGCUCACGCAUGUUUUCUUUUCAGCAAUGGUGGUGCGCGCUUCACCGUGGGACCGGCACCAAACCACUUUACAUCUUAUGCAAGCACACAUUUGCAUCUCAGCUGUUGACGAAGAAACCCAGUCAAGGGUUAAAAGACGGGACGACAUGUAAGAUUGUCGAAAUACAUACAGCGAACCAGCACGUACCAGACAUUCUCGACGAUGCAGAGCAAAGAGGAAAGACGACGGCUCUAAUUGGGACGCUACGUAAUUAUGUUUGUAUCGUAUGGAUGACAAUACUGGCAGGACCUCAUUCACUUCUGUUUGCUAUCAGCCUCUUGUCUCUUACUGACUUCAGCCCCCCACUGCCUGUGCCUGUCUCGAUCUUGUGCAGUACUGGGC